AUGAAUGGCACCUCUGCUUUAGAUUGUGCAAUCUAUUUCUUCCAAUCCUUUGCCUAUGCGAAUCCAAUAGAUGGACUCCAUGAAGUCCAUCGUCCACCAACUUCUGAACUAGCUAGACUUGAACGUAGCAUGGAAGAUCCUAUCAACCUGGAUCGCACCAGUGCAACUCAAGUCGCACUGCCAGAGCUUGAGAUCUAUCAGUCUCACAAGCAACCCUUAACUCAAGAGGCGCGCUUUGAGCUGGUGUUGUAUCAAUCUCACAAGCAAUCCUCAACCCAAGAGGCGCGCUUUGAUGAUGAUACUCGAAAGCCUGACGGGAGAAAUGGUCCACCACCUUGCAACAGCGUUGAGCAUGGAUUACAACCAACUGAGGUUGAACUGAAGAACCCAAGCUCGGCUGUGAAGUCUCGUGAACGCGAUUGGGAGCGCCUUCGCUGCUACUUUGCAUGGUUGCCCAAGCUAGUCAUCCAGAAGAACUCGGAACACUACUUGGAAGACUCAACUCAACUAUGUUGGGAUAUGACGAAAUAUGAGUUUUUACGUUCCAAAAGAAACUAUUCAAGUACAAGGUUUUCGACACGUGCGAUCGGACUUUGA